UUGGUCUCCAUUAGCAUUUUCCGGGAGAAUCCAAAUUUUCUCGACCGGCUUUUCUUUUCCUCGUCAAAAUCUUGAAAAUCGAAAAUUUCCGGCGAUUGUGCCUUUAAAGCCUAGAGUCUUCCUUUUGUUUGGAUCGCUUGAUUUUCCGGCUAAACCUCUUCUCAUUCUGCAUCAAAAGAAUCGAACUCCUUUUUUAAUUUUUUUAGCGAUACUACUGCAAUCUCUGGAUUGGACAUAGGAUUUAAAACAAGUUUCUGAUUCAGCAGGGAUUGGAUAUGGCAAGUCAGAGAGGUUCAUCUAGGCGAAGUUCAUCAAUGGUAAACUUGUCGUCGACAAGGAAGAAAUCACCGGAGAAUGGAGAUUCCGACACCAGCCGAAAACUCGUACCAUCUUCUCGUCCUAUUAAUGGAACUUUUUGUAUCAACUUGCAUGUGGAAAGGGGACUAGCUGGAGAGCGUACUGUGAGGAGGUUGCGACUUUCAAAGGCCCUGACGGUACCUGAUAGUACAAGCGUUUAUGAAGCUUGCCGUAGAAUGGCUGCUCGUAGAGUUGAUGCUUUAUUGCUUACUGACUCUAAUGCAUUACUUUGUGGGAUCCUCACAGAUAAGGACAUAGCAACGAGAGUGAUUGCCAAGAAUCUUAAUCUGGAGGAGACACCAGUUUCGAAAGUAAUGACCAAGAACCCUUUGUUUGUUCUUUCUGAUACUCUUGCAGUGGAGGCACUUCAGAAGAUGGUUCAUGGAAAGUUUAGACACUUGCCUGUUGUAGAAAAUGGGGAAGUCAUUGCUUUGCUUGAUAUAGCUAAGUGUUUGUAUGAUGCUAUUGCUCGAAUGGAAAGGGCAGCUGAAAAGGGAAAUGCUAUUGCUGCUGCUGUUGAAGGUGUAGAAAAAAAUUGGGGAACUUCUCUCUCAGGUCAGAGUACAUUCAUUGAGACACUUCGUGAGCGAAUGUUCAGGCCCUCAAUGUCUACGAUUAUUACAGACAAUCCAAAGAUUGUAACAGUUUCACCAGAUGACAAGGUUUUAGUGGCUGCGAAAAAGAUGCUUGAAUCUCAAGUAAACUCUGCAGUUGUGACAAUUGAAAACAAACCACGAGGGAUUCUAACUUCAAAGGAUUUAUUGAUGCGGGUAAUAGCACAAAAUCUGCCUCCAGAGACUACUGCUGUGGAGAAGGUCAUGACUCCUAACCCAGAAUGUGCAACAGUUGACACGCCGAUUGUUGAUGCUUUGCAUACCAUGCAUAAUGGAAAAUUUUUGCACCUCCCUGUUGUAGAUAGAGAUGGAGAUAUAGUUGCUGUUUUUGAUGUAAUCCAUAUUACUCAUGCUGCUAUCGCUACUUUAAGUCAAGUUGGGAGUACUUCUGGUGUCAAUAAUGAGGCUGCCACAACAAUGAUGCAGAAGUUUUGGGAUUCUGCAAUGGCCUUACCUCCCAAUGAAGAGGAUAAUGAGAGUCGGAGUGAUGGAGCAGAGACAGGGAGAUCUCUUCCCUAUGCUUCAUCCAAUAUGCCAAAUACGUUUGGCUUCAAAAUACAAGAUAAAAGGGGACGAAUGCAUAGAUUUACUUGUGAUACACGGAGUUUGACAGAUCUAAUAACAGCAAUCCUCAAUAGGCUGGAGGACGACAUAGAUAGAAACAGUGUACCUCAAAUUUUGUAUGAAGAUGAAGACCAUGACAAAGUUGUAUUGGCAUCCGACCGUGAUCUUUCAGAGGCUGUUGAGCAUGCAAAGUUAGUUGGUUGGAAGGGUUUGCGAUUGCAUCUAGAUUAUUCAGGAACAAAAGGACAUCGAAUGGGUUCUGGUUCAGGAAGCCUAGAUUAUGCCAACUCCGAUGCAUGGUCUGCUGCAUACAGUGCUGUUGCUGCUGGGGCUGCAGUUGCUGCUGGGCUUGGCUUAUUAGCUUUCUUGAAGAGAUCCGGGAAUUAGCACCGGUAUAAACUUCUUCCCAUUUGUAACUCAUAAAUUGUAAGAUGAAAUUAUUCAACUUUCCUUUAAAUACAUGGAGCUUGAUUUCAUAUCCUUCUCGAAUCAAAUCGAGAAAUCAUAAUUUUAUCAGGUUUCGGCUUGCUGGAUGCAUGGCUUAGAGUGUUGAGCUAUGAUUAUUUUCCAUUAUUUGUUUAUAACUGAAACUGAAUGACGGAAUAUAUAAAAUAAACUGUAGCAUUAGAUGAAACAAAAGAAUUUGCUUCAGAUUCUAGUUUGCA